AUGUCCGCUACCGAGACCGUCCUCUGUAUCCCCGAGCUCCUGGAGCACAUCCUCUUCCACCUGGACAUGCAGGACCUGCUUGUCUCUGCACAACGCGUCAACAAACACUGGCACGCCACAAUCACCACCUCGCCAAAACUCCAACAAGCCCUCUUCUUCCGUCCAAUUUCCCAACCCGCCAAGCCCCCAAUACAGUACCCUUCAUACCCCCAGGGCCAAACACCACUCUGGAAGCGGCGCCGCUCAGAAACAAAGCCCUACACCGACGAACUAAGCACAACAUUAAACCCAUUGCUGGUCAAACACUUCGGCUCCGAAUUCUUCAACACCUCCUCCGGCCACACCGCAAAUAACGACAACGACUGGGUCUACCUCGACGAGAAAAUGCAAGCCCCCUGGUCCGUCAAAGUCGGUUCCAACCUGCUACGAACCGACGAGACAGGGCCAGCCGAAACCGCAUUCCGAUAUCCCACCGCAUCCUGGCGCCGCAUGCUCGUCUCCCAGCCUCCCCAGCCCGGCCUGGGCUACAUCCGCAGCGUGCACGACCACAACACGCCGACCCCGGUGGGGAGGGGGUACAUCGACGCCUGCAGUGACGGGGGUCUGCGCUUCGGUGUGCUGUACGACCUCGUGCAGACCCUGUCCGUCCGGCGGUGGAAGAAACACCACGCGCCGUUCCGGAUAACGUGGGGUGCGGCGGGGAGUCCAAGUCCUUCGCAGUCGUUCCCCGUGUUGAAAGGCUGUAUGGAGGUGCUAGAGCAGACGGGCGUCGUGCUGGCUGUUCACUAUGAGGUGCCGAAGAAUGCCUACUAUCCCGAUUUCCCGCAGCCGGGGGCGCUGAGGAAGGAGGAUUUUGAGCUUGCGGGGGUGGGGCUUGUGGAUGUUGGUGUUGAGGAGGGGGAGGGUGGUGUGGGUGUUUAA